AUGGAGGAACCAAUCUCUUCGCAGACGCGGUCAGAGCCUGUCUGGAGUUUGGCGAAGCCUCUCCCGCGGGUGGUCCGACCUGGCAUGGUGCCUACGACAGAAGAAGCACUACAGAAUCGAGCGAAUCCGCAGCUCCCAACAGAGAAUUCACAAAGGAUGGGACUGGAUGUUGAUCCCGAUGAUUUCGAGAAAGACCAAAAUACCCCAAGCAGCUGA